UUUCUCCUGGAGUCUUCUGUCUACAGGCUGCUGAAGAAGUACUGCAGGGAGCAGCCCUACUACGUGAACCUGCUGGAGCUUUUCCUGCAGGUGAACUGGCUAACUAACUGGUUGGACCUCAUCACGGCUCCCGUUUCCCAGGUGGAUUUGAGUCGCUUCAGCGAGCAGAGGUAUAAGACAAUCGUUAAGUACAAGACGGCGUUCUACUCCUUCUACCUGCCCGUGGCCGCUGCCAUGUACAUGACUGGUAUCGACAGUAAGGAGGAGCAUGACAAUGCCAAAGCCAUCUUGCUGGAGAUGGGUGAAUUCUUUCAGAUCCAGGAUGAUUACCUGGACUGCUUUGGGGACCCGGAGCUGACGGGGAAGGUUGGCACCGAUAUCCAGGACAAUAAGUGCAGCUGGCUGGUGGUGGGGGGGCUGCGGCGGGGCUGGACCACAGCUGGGCUUGUUCUGAUGUUUUCUCAGGAGAACUAUGGCUGCAAGGAGCCCGAGAAGGUGGCAAAGGUGAAGGAGCUUUAUGAGUCUCUGGGCAUGAGGGCUGCUUUUCAGGAGUACGAGGAGAGCAGCUACCGGCGCCUGCAGGACCUGAUCGAGAAGCACGCCAGCCGCCUCCCCAAGGAAAUCUUCCUGGGCCUGGCGCGGAAGAUUUACAAGCGCCAGAAGUGA